CCCUGCGAAAGGCGAUUGCAAUUGCAUGAGUGUUUGUGUCCGUGUCCGUCAUGAGAUGAGUCAGAAUUCAUGGUCGCCUCGCGUUUCGUAAUUAGUUUCCCUCCUCUCAAAAAAAAAUGCGAUUGUGAUUUUAAGAGCCCCAAUUUCCAGAGGUUCCCGGGAACGCUCAUCUGUCAUGAUGGGUUUUGGAGCCGAAAUACAUAAUUUUCUCGUUGAAUUCCCAUCCGUCCCAUUUGUCAAGUCCACUGUGCGCGCUUAGUGUCGUGUUCGGUACUCCUUCUCGUCGAAUCCCCCUUGUCUGACUAUUUCUGCGAGAUUUUUCAGGAAUCAAGCAAUCACAAUGGAUCAAGCAAGGAAUCGGCCUAGUAGACCUCGCCUUCGCUCACAUAACAAUCCGGCUCGUGUACUUGUCUUUGAUCAAGUCGAAUCGGAAGAUGUACCAUCAAAGUCAGAAGCAGAGACUUCUCGGCGACCGUUGCCACCAAAGGUCGAGAGUAUAGAAGCCCCUGUUCGACCAGUUAGUGGUGAGAUAUCGAACCUGGUGCGCAUGAGAAAUUCUGCAAUUGGAAAAUCUGCGCCUUCUCUCUCAGUUCACAUGCGUGAUUUUAACAUACCUCGACGUGUAGCGAAGGCAGCUCAUCGCAAAUCGUUCAUUUCGACAACUUCGCCUACUUUACCACGAUGUAAUUCACCUCUAUCAGCAUUCGUUCCGAUUGUAGGCAGUCCCCUGGAGAGCCCCAGGAUGUCAUCCAGUCCUCAUUUUGCUUUUGCUCCAAUUAAAAGGAUUGGAGGAGGAGCUUCAGGAUCAGCAGAUGGAAGACGAUGGUCGGUUGCAAGUUUACCAUCCAGUGGAUAUGGAACAACUCCUGGCUCGAGUAAUGUUUCGUCGCAGUGUUCCAGCCAAGAACGUUUACACCAAUUACCAAACAUCCCCACGAAAGAUGAAUUACGAAUGCUUUCCUGUCAUUUUUCCAAACCCGGUACACCUUGUUCUUCCCACCCAGGAUUCCCCGGUACAAAUUUUUCUGGCAUUCCUGGGCAUGGAUCUAGUCUUGAUGAAGAGGGUCGGAUGUCGCCUUUGCAUCGUCCUCGUUCUCGAAGUUUAAGUAGUCCAAGUCGAUCUCCAGUCAUGGACAAUGAAAUUGUUAUGAUGAACACUCUCUACAAAGAACGGUUCCCGAAGGCAACACAACAAAUGGAAGAGCGUUUGACGAAUUUCAUUAACGAGAAUAAGGAGAUUGACGAGUAUGAGGUAGUUACUCACAUGACGCCAGAUUCUCUGCCAAUUUUACGAUUUGUGCAUCAUCAAGUCAUAGAAAUGGCACGAGAUUGUCUACAAAAAUCUCAGGAAAAGCUAAUAACGACUAGGUACUUUUACGAAAUGAGCGAAAAUUUGGAACACUUGUUAAUGGAGACUAAGGACAAGUCUCUAGAGGCAGCCACAAGAUUAACGGGAUUGAUAAAAAAGUUACUUUUGAUAAUAUCUCGACCUGCUAGACUCUUGGAAUGCCUCGAGUUCGACCCUGAAGAAUUUUAUCAUCUGCUCGAACAGGCCGAAGGACAGGCCAAGUUUACUGCAGGAAUUAAGACUGACAUUCCCCAAUACAUCAUUAACAAAUUAUCCCUGAACAGAGAUCCAAUUUCAGUUUCACGAGUUCACAUUUUGGCCGUGUGUGAAGAAUCCCAAUACUUACUUGUCUGGUUUCAAGUCACGGUGGACGAUUCCGUAACUGUUUUGCUCAUCACUGCGCUGGGUCAUAUUAAACUCACAGAUUUCGGUCUCAGCAAAAUGGGUCUUAUGUCCUUGGCGACCAAUCUAUACGAGGGUUACUUGGAUAGAGAUACGAGACAGUUUUCGGAUAAGCAAGUGUUUGGCACACCAGAGUACAUUGCGCCAGAAGUUAUUCUUCGUCAAGGAUAUGGAAAGCCGGUAGAUUGGUGGUCUAUGGGAAUCAUACUUUACGAGUUCCUUAUUGGCUGCGUGCCUUUCUUUGGAGAAACGCCCGAGGAAUUGUUCGCGCAUACUGUGAAUGAUGAUAUUGAAUGGCCUGAUGAAGAAGAUUGGCCAGUGCAACCAGAGGCUAAGGAUAUCAUAACCGCGUUAUUACAACAAAGUCCUCGAGACCGGUUAGGAACUGGCGGUUCUCAUGAUGUUAAAGACCAUCCUUAUUUCUGUGGAGUAAAUUGGAAUAGUCUACUUCGACAAAAAGCCGAAUUCGUCCCUCAGUUGUCAAACGAUGAGGAUACAAGUUACUUCGACACUCGAAUGGAUCGUUACAAUCAUGAUUUAGGAGAUGACACUGACGAUACUGAUGAUUCUCCCCUAUUCGGCUCUUUCUCCUCCUACUCGCCACAAUCGCGCAAGAUUUCUCAAACACGUCCCCACUUGAAUACAGAAUCUGAUUUAGAUUUCACAAAGAAGCAAUUAUUCCCCACCGAAGUCGAAAGGACAAUCUCACAAUUGUCUCCCAGUUCUUCAGUCUCGGUUUCCCCGCCCUCGAAACUCGCAGAGAAAAUUCAAAGUAUUGAGAAAACUCCACCCAUUAAAAGCAGCCCUCUCGCCAAAUCUGAAAAGUCUGAUUCUUCAUUUGGAAGCCCUGCUACAAUUACUGCUGUAGACUCACAAUUAGCCGUCGUUAAAAAUGAGGUAGCGGGAGGAACUUCAAUCUGCCUUAGUACUCCGGAUUCCUCACAAACAGAGUCGGACGAUAUUAGUCCUCAGAUCCAGAGGAAGCGACACGUACAUUCCCGGGAUAAGUUACCCAGGUUCAGUAUUUCCAUUCACGGUGAUGAAACAUUGGAUUUGGCAGCAGCUCAUAGAGAUGCAGCAGACGACAAACAUAACUCAAGUACUGACUCAUUCGAAUCAUUUACAACAGCACUGCCUCUUUUGCCAACUGGAAAGCAAAAGUCUCGGUCCGUUAUUAAAUCUGCAUCGACUAGUGGAUUAUCUUUGGUUAUACCGGCCAGCGACUUUUCUUAUGAUGCUUCAGGGGGUAAUCAACAUAUUGAAUCACCAGGUGGAUCAUCAACUGCAUCUUCACGUGAUACUUCACCUUGUCGAGAGCUGAGUCCUCUCGUAACAAGUCUAAAGCCUCCGAUUAUAAUUCGAAGAGGCCCUCGAGGUUUUGGAUUCACGGUCCACACGAUCAGAGUUUAUUACGGUGACAGUGACUUUUACACGAUGCAUCAUUUAGUUAUGGCAGUGGAUCCGUCCAGCCCUGCUUUCGAGGCUGGAUUGAGACCCGGAGAUUUGAUAACUCAUAUAAAUGGGGAGCCAGUUCAAGGCUUGUAUCACACGCAAGUAUUGCAGCUUAUGUUGAGUGGCGGGGACCACGUGACUUUAAGAAGUACGCCGCUCGAAAAUACGAGCAUAAAAUCUGGAGGUCGAAGGCGAGAACUUACGCAGAGUAAAAUGGCGAGAAAAACUUUGCACAGGCAGCGAAAGCAGAAACGGGAUCAUUCUGACAAGAAGCGGAAAACUUCACUCUUCAGAAGAAUUAGCUCAAAACGCGCAAGCGUUGAGAUGCAACAGCCAUUAAGUAUCAGUUGUCCCUUGUCAGCACCCAUUCUACCCAGUGACAGCAAACCUCCACUUAUGAUGGCAGUUGGAAUGUGUUCUCCUUCAAUGGUAUCAGCCAGUCGAUCAUUCCAGUCGUUCACGCGGUCUCUUCCUGCUCAGCAAGAUUCAUUCCUCUACUACGGAGGGUCUUCUUCUAAGGCUGCUUGUAAUCCGUCCUCAUCGACAAACCGUCCCAGCACCGAAUCUUAUCACUCCGCUGGAACUUCAAGCCCGUGUUCCAGUCCAAGCUCUUCAUCCCCAGGCUCCAGUACUUCCAUUGUGAACAUGUCGAAUAUGACCAGUCAGUCCCAUUAUCAGAGACCAAGUACUUUGCAUGGUUUGAAGCACAAGCUUCACACUGCUGCUAAGAAUAUUCACUCUCCGAAUCGCAGAAAAUCUGUGGGGCAUAUUCCGCUAUCGCCUUUGGCAAGAACUCCUAGUCCUUCACCCAUACCUGCCAGUCCCACCAGGAGUCCCAGUCCUUUGACAUUUCCAACUGGACAUCAGCCGGGCAGUUCCAACACUACUCAGUCUUAUAGUCCAGGAGUUUCAAUGUCAACUCCGAACAAUCAAAAGAAGGGUUUUAAUCGACCGAAAUCUGCAGAACCUGGCUCGCCCUUACUGAGACGUGCACUUAGUCCAGACAGACUGCAUCCUCGUUCGGCCGAGAACAAAACUUCGAUCUCACCACUAGCGAAUACUGUAGUAAAAGUUAAUCCGCGCGUAACGAUCGCACAAACGUCCAGUCUUGAAACUACAGAAGAAGUGGGUGACGCCACUAAAGAAAGUAAUGAAUCUAAGUCUGAUAAAAAGGUAGCGGGUGAACAGAAAGUUGCCCAAGAUUAUUCUAAGCUAACUCACGGGAUAUCGAUCAAUAUUGGAAAUGUGGGCAUGUCGAAUUCGUGUGGAAGCACUCAGUUGCCGAGAAUUGCAGAGGAAAAAGAUUCACCAACUGGCACGAAAAGCGACGAUUACUCAGCGAGAGUAAGUGGAAUUUCUGAAAACAGAGCGAAAGAUUUUACAGCGAAGACUCAACAAGUUUUCGAACCAGUGAAUAUUAAAGAUCUUCAAUGGAGAGGAAGUAAGGGUGAAACAUCGACUGAUAAAGAGUCUACACCUGCCCAUAAAAAAAGUAACGAAAAAAGCGAAGUGUCUUCAACGAACUUUGAUAAACAUACUGCAAGCUCCUCCUCUUCGUCGGGUAAGCCUAAUACUUUCGAGGCAGCAAUCUCCAAUAAAAUUUUCGCGGAAAGCAGUCCAGAGGGAAAAAAAAUUUUAAAACGAUAUAAAUUUGAUGGUUUAAGUUUCGGAUCGAGCUCUCACGAAAAGACAAGACAAGAGUCGGUAGAAAGUAAGAAAAACAAAUAAGUUAGUCUCUUGUUGUUUGCUCUUUUCUUAGUUUUAAUUAUAGUUCGUACUUUGUAAUUUCUAUUCAAAUCUAUUCAUGUACAAGGCGAUUCGAUUUCGUUGGUAAUCUCUAGUCAAACUUUCAAGAAAGUGCUUUUCGUGUUAAAUGAACUGUUCUCAAAGUAUGAGAUAUAAUAAAAAUCGAAAUUUGAUAGGGAACUUUUCGAGAGCCUCUUAAGAGAAAAAUCACAUUCUUUUAACAACGAAAACAAAAAAUGAAUUUUCAUUGAAAGGAACUUGUCAAAUUUUGCUUUCUUAGUUCUCUCGUAUAAACAAAACUAAAGCUGGUUCGAUGCUGAUAGUUUCUUCAGUAGGAAACCAAUAUUACAGUAUAAACUCGUGCAGCUUUUAAUUCACAUAAUAGUCAGUGUAAAUUACACGUUUAUAAAUAAUUGAUGGCUUCACAUCAAACAAAGAAUGCACCCGAUUCUUAUCUCGUAUUUCACUGUUUGUUGAAUCAACUACGUUUAAUUAAUGCAGUCCGCAAAUAUUUCCUCUUUGAAAUAACUGCUUAAAGUUCAAAGCGGGCGGUUUAGUCUCGACCCGAGCGCUUCGCGUUUCGAGCGUAUUUUACAUACGUUUAGUGCUCGGCAUAGACGCUUUGCGAUCGAUGCGAGCAAUCAGCAAUCGAACACAAAUUCUACAUGAUUAUAAAAGUACUCGAAAGUAUUUAGGAACUUUUCUGGUUGGCAUUCGGAACAUUAUCACAUUUUUUAAGGGUCUGAUAAAUUAAGGUUUAUUUAUUUCAUUCUAAAAAUUGACUCCUUAAGCGAUUAAGAUUAUCUAAUCCGAAUUAAAAAAGAAAAAAAAGUUUUUAAUCAAAAAGUGGACUGAUGCAGAAAGCUUAAGCUUGGAUGAAACACGAUCGAGAUUAUGAUCGAAAGAUCGAAAUAUCCUCCGAAUUUUAUGAAACUGCUUUCAGUGCCAAUCACUCUUGAUAUGCGUGCACGAAGUAAUAUUAAUUAUUGAUUGUCGGUUUAAGAAUAAUGUAAGCUCCUAGCACACUUAAGUAGAUAUAUCCAAGGUGUAUCAAUGUCGGAUUUCUACACUGUAAAUAUGUAAAUGUUUUUACGAAUACACGCUGGAUAGUGGUUGCAAGUAUAUCUGAAAACUUCCCUGACUUAAUCAAGGGUUUUUGCUCGUAGAGCUCCUAAAAAUGCAGGUCACAGCGAAUCUCCGUCCUCGAGUUCAUCUGCUCUUAAAGUGAGAUUUUUUUGCCUUCGCUUAAAAUUAAAACUUGAGUUUUACUCUUGAUAAUAAAUUUAGUAUUUAAAAUUUAAAUGCUUAAGAACAACUGACAGCAGUCGGAUUGUCGCUCAGUGUCUUUCGUCGUGUGAUACAUUUACAAGAUGAUAGACUUGUAAGUUUUCGGAUUAGACUGAUCACUAUCCUGUUCACAUUUAUCGCUAGCCGUAAGAUUCCCUCUUCCUUUAUCUAAUCUACUUUUAAUUUCAUAAUCGCAUAUCGUAUCUAAACGUAAGUGCGAAAGUGUGUUUAUUAUAAAAGUAUGAUUCUGUACUCUAGUUUGAUUAAGAAUGGAAGUAAGGUAAGAUAUGAAAAACAGUUUCAAUCUGAAAAAUUCUGAAGCUCUCCGACUUUUGGAAUGGAAAAAUUAAGUUAGUUCUUACGAAGCAAUUUUGGCUUCAAAGAUUUUCUUAGCAAGCAUAUGUUAAUGCGCUGGUCGCUUAAGUUUUUAUUGGUGACGUUUAUUAUAAAUAAAAUUCAUCUAUUUGUAGGUUCAAUUGUUAGAAUUCAGUUUGCAUGUUUAUCUGUUUUGUUAAUUGGAAUUUACAAAAUGGCAAUUUGUAGGCCUUUAAAUGUCAUUAAAACUUGAUAAAUUCUUAUUUCGAUUUAUCAAAAUUGAAUCCCAUGAGCUUUCAAGUAUAAAAAACUUUUCCUGGAAUUGAAAAAUUGAUUUUUCAAGGAUGUCAAUUUUAAAUGUUUUCAAACUCGCAUGUUUUUCAAUUUAAAAGCUUUUACUUAAAAUAAAAUUAAAGUUUACGUAAUUUAAAAAAUGGACCGCAUUUAAAUUAGACCUUUCAAAAUCUAAAUUCCUUUAAAUUUCAGUCAAGAAACUAGAAUUUUUCCUAAUACAGAAUAUAUCGGAAAUUAAACAUUUUCCGAGGAGUGAUGACGCUACUUUAUUUAUAUAGUGAAAAAAGUUUUGGAACUACUCUAGUUUAAGUAUUUUGUUGUGCAUAAUACUAAAAUGUGUUAAUUAGUUUAUAAAAUAAUUUGUGUUAAAAAUGGAACAUGCGGUUGUAUGGUUAAUAUUAUACAAGACGCUUUGUUAAAUUGUUUUAAAAGUCAGAGACUGUCAGAAUAUUCUCAGUCAGAUAGCUGUUUUGGUUGAUUAAUUUUCUGGGGAGAGUGUAGUUUUGUCAGAGCAAUUGACGGAAGGGAAGAAAACAUGCUAUUGUUAAUCACAGAUUUUUGUUAUCUAUUUCGCUCAACUUACACUGAAUUGUGUAGUAUAAUAUCAAAAGCGAAAUAAUUUAUUAUAACUAAUAAAUGGAAUAGUUGCAAUUGUAAGAUGCCGACAUAGACCAUCUUAUAUUAUCAUAUAGACACGAAUGAAGUAGUACGGAAUUUGAUGUAAUCUGAAUAAUUCUGGAAGAAGCAUAAUUUUUGGUUAUUUUUAGAAAAUCCUCAACAUUAUAUUAAACAGAGAGGAGAUUAAAACGAUGAGUUUGAAUUAAACGUAUAAUCACGUUAGUAAUAUUAUUUUUUCGAAAACUUAAAGAAGAUGUAGAUCUGAAAAAAUGUUUCCGGCAAGUUUCGCGGUUUCGAGGAGAAUGUAUGUGAUAAGUAUGUAGGCUGUAUGUAGAUUGUAUUUGAAUUUUAUAGUGCACCUUAAUUUUUUAAAGUGCUCCAUUCUACUCGUAUGCUUCAUCUUGAAAAUUGAGGCGAAUUCAGUGAUAUAUAGGAACAUAAUAUUGUCGAUGAUAAAAUAUCCUCUCAAAGUAAACGAAUCUUACAUGUUCAUAUUUUUAGCAGUAUAGCAUAGUAACUGUUUUUCGUUAUAAUUUCCAAUUGGCGCGAUAUUGUAGACGAAUCCGAACUUUUGUAAUAAAACGUUACGAAAAUA